ACAUGUAGUACUGGUAUGAAGGUCGUCAAGAAAGAAGAGUGCUUGGAAGAGGGUGAUUUUUCCAGCCGUCAAUUCAACAAUGACGCAAGUGGAGAUGGUAUGCACACUGGAAAUGGUGGUACACGUGAUUUGUACACGGAACUGGAAGUGGCCAAGAAAGAAGAUCGUUGGGUCUUUUGGUUGCGGAUCUUGACAACCUUGGUGUUGCUGGCUGUUGCCGUGACUGUGUGUGUGGUGGUCUAUUUGGAAGGCAGGAAGAGCGAAACCAAGUCUUUUGAGCAGGACUUCUCUGACUUGGGAGAAAAGAUGGUUCAAAGCUUUGAAGCCAAGGUUGAACAGUAA